UUGCCACACGCCUGACGGGAAACAUCUUCGCCCCCCCCCUCCUCCUUUUCUUCGCCUCCUUCCCGCCCACCACCAUCCCGGCCUUGCAAGUUGGCAUGUCUCUCCCUCCGCCUCCCAAGACUUUCACCGUGCACCAGGGCCUCGGCCAUCGAGCCGAGAUCUCGACAGCUCGCUUUGCCCCGGACACCCGCCUGGUCCUGGGGUCGUCCAGCCGCUGGCGCCGGGGGGUCAUCCGCGAGGCUCUUGGCCUAUCCGAGGACCAGGCCGGCGCAUACAGCCCCGAAGCACUGGCCGGCGGCUUGAUGCUGGCCUCCAUCAGCCCGGACUUCGAUGAGACCGCGGCGAUUGGUGACCUGCAGGGUGCCCUGGCCCAACAUGGGCCACACCAUGUGGCGCAUUUCCUCGCGCGCGGCAAGGCUGACUCGAUUCUGCCUCGGCUAGCCGAUGCCCCCUGCCCGGUUAUUCUGAUCACCGCAGAUCAGAUCGUUUCCUGUGGCCCGGAGUAUCGCGUGAAGCCCACGUCGGCGGAUGAAUGCCGGCGCUUCAUCGGGUCUUACCGCGAGAAUCCGAUCUCCUGCCACAACAGCCUGAUCCUCACUCACCUGCCCUCCGGCGUGUCGGUCGCCGGGGCCGAUUCCAGCUCCCAAUACUUCGCUCCCUUCCCGGACACGGUGAUCGAGCAGCUGGUUGAUGGGGGCCGAGGGGAGGUGAUGAGCUGCGCCGGUGGUAUCACGGUGGAGUCGCCCCUCCUGGAGCCGUAUCGCACGGAGCUGGUCGGUUCGAUGGAGUCCAUCCAGGGUCUGCCGCUGGCCCUGUUGCAGACGCUGCUGGAUGAGCUGCACCAGGCCGUGGAGGCGGCCGGCCAUUCGCCAGCGUGCUGAGCGGCUGUGUGUGUCUCUCUCUCUCUCUC